AUUUUAUCUUGUAAGUGAUGGAAUCCCUCUCUUAAUUGUUGGAGUUACAGCAGCAUUUGGUAUGGACAACUAUGGCAGCAGGGAUGACGCUUUGUAUUGCUGGAUGGCAUGGGAACCAAGCUUGGGAGGUUUCUAUGCCCCCGUAAGUUUUCUGGUCUUAGUCAUGUCCCUUUACUUCUUGUGCACGUACAUCCAGCUUAAACGCCACCCAGAGAAGAAGUAUGAGCUGCGAGUUCUGAGUGAGGAGCAGCAGCAGUUAUCAUCCAGUGAGUCAAACCAUCACUGCCACACCGACACUGGGGGAGCUUCUGGGCCUGUUGGGGACUGUCCGCCAUUUGCAACAGGCGUGUCGGUACUGGCCAAUGAGCACUCAUUUAAAUCUCAGCUCCGGGCCACAGCCUUCACCCUCUUUCUGGUCCUGUCUACCUGGGUUUUAGGAGCGUUGGCGGUAUCACUGGGACAUUUUCUGGAUAUGAUAUUCAGCUGCCUGUAUGGGGCUUUUUGUGUCACUCUGGGACUAUUCCUUCUCAUCCAGCACUGCGCUAAACGUGAUGAUGUAUGGCACCGCUGGUGGGCAUGUUGCUCGUCUAAGUCCAAAUCAGAGGACGGGAAUGGGGACGGACAGAGUCAGAGGCAGGAGCUCCAUCAGCCACACUGCCACCUGAGCUCCCCAUGCUUAGGCAAGCAGCCUCUACUCUCUCCUUACAUUGUGCCAAAUUCUUACCACAAAAUGACACCACCUUCCCAGAGCCCCACAGCCAAUCACACAGGUCCAUGCUGCGUGGCCGUGAUGAGUCCUGUUACCCCAACCCCCAUCUCACCUCUCGCUGAGUCAGCGGCCUCACUUCAUCCACAGUCGCUUUCUGACGAGCUCCCUCGCCCCGCUCUGCCUCUACAGAGCUGCCUUAAUGACAGAACAAAGUCACGCUCCUUCAACCGCCCCCGUCCAUGCCUUCAGGACUACCGUUCUUACUUGACUUCCACCAGUAUGGAUGGGAGUGUGCACAGCUCCCACCUGGAUAGCCCUCACGCAGCGCACCACCUUGAAGGCUCACCACUGGUUUCUAACAGCCCACACCCAGACCUCCAGCUUCCCUGUCCCAGCCCUCACUUGGAUAAGCAGCUGGCUUCCUGCCACAGCUUGCUACGCCAGAACUCCUGCCAAAGCGUACAAGACUCAAUGACUUCCUGUCAUAGCCACGCACACAACAUGCAUGACAGCAUUACUUCCUGUCAAAGCCUCCUCCUGCCUUCUCACGGGGUGCACGCGUGCCAGUGGCACAUGUACAGCUCAGCUGAUCACUCUUCCACUACAAGUUGCUGUGAGAAACCCGAUCCCUUCACCUUGCAAUAUCAGCAAGACCCUGACACAUACAGCUGCAUGUCAAAGACAAGAGAUAAAGAAAAUGAUAAUCUCUGUGUAGAGGUGGAGCAGAAAGGUUUCCCAAGAAACACUCUGCCUCGGCAGCACGGCACUGUGAGCCGACGAGGUACCAUUGGCAGGAACAGGAGUUUACAAGAAGACAGCCUGUUUGGUUCAGACACCACAGGAAACAUACGGACUGGCCCGUGGAAGAAUGAAACCACUGUAUAGUUUUCUUAAACUUGUACUUGUACUUGCCAGACCUUCUUCCAGCAGCCCUGUUACCAAAUUACUCCGUAAGUGUUUGGUUCUCAAUGCCUUCAGCUUUGCCCUUUUUUUCAGUUUUCAGUGAGGCCUCGUAUCUUGAUAUUUCACAACGCUUUCUGUAAAAGUUAUCUUUCAUUUUAUAAGGGAUAUUCAGACACAUGAGCGGUUCAAUUAAUGUUAAGUUAAUAUUCUGCUCCAUUUUAAAAUUGCAAUCAGUAUUGUAUGGCUCUUGGGUCAUUGUUGCUCAGUAGUAAGCGAGUUCACAGCAAGAAGGCCCUUUUGAGCCCCAUAUAUAUUUGUGUGGAGUUUCAAUGUUUACCCAUUUUUGUGUCAGUUGCUCCACAUUCCUCCUACCGUCCACAGACAUGGAGCUUGGCUGCAAGUAAUCCUCCAACAUGUAGGUCUUCACAGACUUAGAGAUGGACCUGACACUCCACUGGAAAAUGCACCCAAACUCAAAGGGCAUAACCGAAUUGUCUGAAAUAAGAGACCUGAUCCAGAAUGGUCCCGAGGACAGUCUGAGUAGACUCAAAGGUUGCGUCGACCCUUAAACUUAACGAGUAGGAAAGUUGAUCGCGGUUCAUAAAGACUAUGUUGACCAGCAGUCAUUAUCAAGCAAGCUGUGACAUCAACUAUAUUGAAAUCUAAAAUGAAUGAUGACAGAGAAAGUUAGGAGCAACAAGAGGUUGUCACAUUCAAGUCCUGGCACAAAGCAGCCUCCAUAAAAAUGAGCUGCAAAUGCGUAUUUAUGCUUUUAAAACAAGCAAAAUGUUGGCAAAACAUUAAAACGACUGAGAGAGAGACUGAACACCAUUUGGCUUGAAGCUUGUUAGUUAACUUAACAACCACCAAGAAUGGAUUGCAGCUUCUGAUAGUAUAGUGAAUUGCAAAUCUUUUCUAACCGCUAUCUGCCCUGUCUCCAAGUCUGAUCACAAAGCACAUGCAUUAAGUUUUGCAUCUGAUUGCAAUUAUCCAUGUGGCAAAGUAUAAAUGUUGCCUUUGUACCAAGAACACAGUAGACAGAACAAUGGCAGAGAGAAAAAGAACAUUUAUAUUUUCAGACUGCGAGCUGCAGGUCCUGACCGACGUGCAGAGGCAUUCCUCAAAACUUUAUGCCAGAGAUUUAACCAAGACACCGAUAAAUCAUAUUUUGUAUAUCAUUGCACAGAAUGGGACCCAUUUGAUGUCAAAUCUAUGCAUAUUACUUCAUUUAAAUAGGUGCAAAUAGCACAGGAGCACAGAGACGCUAUUUGUUUGGCAGGGCAGUUCACCCUUUGCAAGUGCACUGUUUAUUUUGUCUUAUUUAUGCAGGUUUUGUGAAUUUGCCCCUCAGCCUUUACUUUAACAUUAUAUUUGUCUUUGUUUAUCGUUUAUAAAAAAACAAAGACAAAAUACAUUAAUAUUCUUUACAGAUCUCAAACACUCACAAGUUCAUCAAGCAGAACCAGAAGAGAAGAGAGUUUUGGAGAAACUAGCCCACUCUGCUGAGUGCAUUGUGCGUAGUUUCAGCAGACAUUCAGGAGGAUGACUAGCAAUGAACAUAAACAUCUACGAACCCCCGGUAAUAUACAGUGUUAUGCAAAAAGCAUUGAAUAUCACUGAUUGCACCUUUAAAUACUUGGAUUGGUCGUUUUAAAAAUAUCUUUUAAAUGUGAGUGGUUACACAUGUGAAAACACUUUUGAAUCAGUGUGAGCAUGUGUGUGUUUUUUAUGUGUGCAACAGUGCAUGAGUAGGUACUUACAAAUGUGUUGUGAUUUUGUGCUAUAUGUAUUUAUUAUUAUGGAUUCACCCUUACAUCAUUUUAAAUUAAUGAAUAUCUUGAUAAAGAUUCAUUUAUGAAGCCUAUAAAGAUUUUCUAUAGAGACACUUUACUUAUGCUGCCAAAUAGAGUCAAAUAGACUUUUAUCUGACAAUAUUGCACUAGUAUUUACUAUAGUAACUCACCUGGUGAGAUAAUAAUUCCAAAAAAUUGCAAUUAGCUACAAAGCACAAACUUCGUAUAGUGCCAAAAUGAUGUGCCAGCUUUCACUGUGAUGAGAAACUACACACACCUCAUUCACAAUGAGUUUCGAGAGCUCGUAUAGUUUGUAGCAUUGUACAAACUUGAACUCAGGUUUUAAAAGAUCAUCAGCAGCCCUCUGAAGUCCUUAAAGAAACUUCCAUGUUUUGUCCAGAGAGGUGUUUAUGCAUAAGCAUUACCAGUUUAGCCAGGCUUAAGUAAAAAUCUGCCUUUUUUUCUGUUUCAUAAAACGGGUUUCAAUAAGUCUGUCUGACCUAAGUUAGCAUGGAAACCUAGCCCAGCAGACUAGCCUAGUUCAGGUAAGGCUAGUUUUCAAGCUCACCUCAGGUUGAUCCAGUGUUACAGAAAAACACUUAUUUGCUUUUUGUCAUCUGAGUGAUAUGAUGUCUGUGUAUGGAGCUUGUGUUAGGGGGUGAGUAGCCUAGCCUAGCAUAAUGUUCUAGCAUGUGACUUCCCCUAUAACCACAAAAAAAUUAUAUAAACAAGAUAUACUGUGUUAACUAGUGAGCUUUAAAAGUGUUGGGAGGUGGGUUUUUUGACUUUUUACAGAGCCAGGCUAGCUGUUUCCCCCUGCUUUCAGGCUUUAUGCUAAGCUAAGCUAAUCAACUCCCGGCUCCAGCUCCAAACUUAAGGUACAGACAUGGGAGUGAUAUUAAUCUUCUCAUCUAACUCUCAAAAAUAGAGUAAGCUUCAUAAAAAAACACCUCAACCCUGACCCACAAAAUAAUCUUAAUUGACAACCUUUCCAUAGCUUUUAAUCCCAUUGUAUGGCCUUCAUUAAUAAAUUCAAGAAAUAUAUUUUUAAUGAGCACAUAAAUAUAUUUUGUAGAGGAAUUAUUAAAUUGUAUUGAAAUAUUUCAUUUGAGCAAACAAAAAUCUAUUAUCCACAUAUGCACAACAUAUUAACCUCUCUUGCUCACUUUUACUAAUUUGUCAGGUUCCCUUCACUGUGCACUCUCACUGCUCACAGCAUCAACAUCUAUUAAGCACAGUAUGUAUCUUUGUAUGCUCAAAUAGAAUAUUUUUUGCGUGAUAAUAAUGUCUCUAAUUUCACACAUUUAGAAAUGAGAUACAAAUGUAAUGCCACAGUAAGAAAGAGUUCCAGAAAUAGUUGCUGGGAGUGACGUUUAUUUUGUUCAGCUUAAUCAUGGUUCAGUAUACUAGGAUCACUCAAACAAGGCUUUUCACAGAAAGCCCUGCUUCUCUGAGCCUUCUUUAUAAAACACCUCUCUGGUUCAUGGUAUUUAGUGGCACAUUAAGAGUGAAAGUGCAAGCCUCAUAGUCAAGCUAGUGUUGAUUUAAAGAGGGAUGAGUUAUUCCACCCUGUUAUUUAUUGUGGGUUAAACACAGAUGUUCACUUAUAUGUCAGCAUAUCCCAGUUGGAUGUAGGCGUAGGUGUGGUCACCAAACAACACUAACCCUCAGCCUGACGUUGAUGACUGUGUACGUGUGAUGUGCCGUUGAGUCCCAGUGUUGCGACAGCUUUAAGCAUCUUCCCGAGGCAGGAUCACUUGACACUGAAGGAUGCUGUCCAAACAUGAGAGCAUCUUAAUGUGGCAUUUUUUAUUUCACACUUCUAUUGUGGAUUUUCUCAACAGUGUAAAGAGACAAAGUCACACCUCGUAAGAAAAAGGGAGUAACACUCUGAGCACUGUGUGUUGUCUGCACUAGAAAUAAACAUUUACUGUGAUACACAGCAUGAGUCAUUGUUCUCUUUGUGUACAGGGCCGUAUCUCCCAUCCCAACGUCAUGUUCUUUGGCAGCUUUAGUAAC